AUGAACCCUUCGAGCUCAAAAGAGAGUUCCCGGUCCAGAAAAAUUACCCCACUCCUGGUGCAUCCCCGAGGGGACGCUAUCCGCUCCAAGUUGAUCUACACUUUCUACCUGAUCGACCACCUGAAGGGCCUAAGUCAUGCUGUCCCGCGGCACAAUAUCCGCGAGUUCCUGGAUAAUAGGAAACUUAAGAAACUGAUGCUCACAGACCAUAACCAACUGGUCCGUUUCAACGUAGUGCCCAUCCGGAACAUUUUAAUCACCCAAGAGAAACGCUGGCGCAAUCGUAUCCGGGUGCGCUGCAAUCGCUUCCCCCCUUUUGCCAUGUGGGCUCAUUGGCUUCUGUCGAGCCAAGUGUUCAAGGGCUUCAUCAUUUUCCUCAUCUGCUUGAACAUGGUGGCCGUCAUGAUGAUCACAGAGAUAGAACGGAACACGGAGGAUCACUUUAUGAUCAUGAAGAUUGUCUUGGAGGUGGCGGUCUGGGUGAUUCUCUUCAUCUUUAUCAUCGAGAUCAUGCUGAACUGGAUGUUUGGAUUUCGGAAGUACUGGAAAAAUCCCUGGAACGUCUUUGACUUUACGAUCACCCUGAUUUCCUUCAUCCCUGAAUUUGCUUUCUUCUCAAAUACGACCUAUAGGAUAGAAACCAAACAGGUCAUCCAGAUUUUCCGUAUUCUGCGCUGCUUAAAGCUGUUACCCCGAAUUGGUCAGGUCCGGGUCAUUAUCAUGGCCAUUGCUAAAGCACUGAGGGCCAUGGCUUUCAUCCUACUUCUUCUCAUCUUCUUCUUUUAUGUCUUUGCUGUCGCAGGUAUCUUCUUCUUUGAGAGCUACACUCGCUCAGACAGGGAUGACCUGGAGUACAGCAUGUAUUUCAAGGACAUGCCCAAUGCUUUGGUGACCAUUUUCAUUCUCUUCACCAUGGAUCAUUGGUACGCGCUGCUGCAAGACUCCUGGAAGAUCCCCGAGAUCAACAAAUUAGUCACGGGGAUGUUCAUCAUCCUGUGGCUCCUCAUUGGAGCAUUCAUCUUCAGGAACCUCUUUGUGGCCAUCAUGGUAGCGAAUUUCCAAAACAUUCGGAACGAAUUGACCGAGGAAAUGAAGCAGAUCGAGGCUCAGAAGCAAGCGGACAAGUUUAAGAUGGAAAUUAUAGAAAGCAGGUACAGCACAACGCAGAUAUUUGCAGACGCAGACCUGACGUCGCAGGAAAAAAUGGGCCUAGGAGGUGGGUUGGGUGGUGCAUCCACCACAGUCCCAGAUUACUCCUCGCAUGAAUUCAGCACCGGGGGCUUGGACUGGGAGAGUUACAUCUACAAAAACUUGCCCGGUCUUUAUCAGGCUGAUGACGAUGAGCAAGUGGUGUGGCCCCGCGACACCCUCUUCCGCUACUUUGAGCUAAUGGAGAAGCUUCAGUACAACCUCGAGGAGCGUCAACAACUGCAGCACUAUGCUGCACUGGCUCUAGCUAACCUGGAGGAUAAGUAGGGAGUUUUUCUGGAGGACCAAGCC